GGAACCUGUGUGCAUCUCGCAUCGAGUCAAACGUGGCCAAUAUAAUAAUUAUUAUUAGUCUAGUCUGGUCAUGCUGUGCGGCAUGUCAGCGCAACCAACAACUCUAUAAGUAUGGUGUAAUGUGCUGUAAUGUUGAUUUGUUAAUACUAUCAUGGUGGCAAUUCUUGGCCAGUGGAUUAUAAAUAAUACAGAUAUACAUGCUUUGUUAUUAAAUAUAAAUAUUUUUAUAUUUGAUUUCGUGUAAACAGUUUUGCGAUAGUGAUCUAUCUCCUCACCCAAAAUUGUGCAACAAUUUAUAUGUAGGUAACAAUGGACGACGUGGUGCAUAAAUUUAUAACAGAAUUUCAUAACUUACCGGGAACCACUGUGAAAGAAAAACAGAAAAAUUUGUUCAGUCUAUUAAGGCAGCAGUCGUACAGCUCGCAAGAACUAGACGACAUUGUAGCAAAUUUGGAGCCAACAACUCACCUGGAAAAAAUAUUCUACGUGGAUGUCUUAAUUUAUUUUCAAAAAACCAAUGAACUUUACAAGCAGUACUUAAAUGGAGAUGACAUCACAAUAAGUAAAGUUUCAAAGCAUGGUUGGUUCUAUCAAAAAGCGUUCCAAAAAAUUAUCCCCGAGGACUUUGUCAAGACAUUUUUACCAACACUGUCAUAUUCUCUGAAAGCAAAACUUCUAAAAAAAUUGCCACUUGAUGAGAAAAUUGCAGAUGAAGUAUUCACUGCGGUACAAAAGAAGUAUGGAACGUUCCUUGCAGCGAUUAUUCUUCAAAAAUGUACAACAGAGAAAAUUCAUGAAACACUAAUUAAUAAUGCAGUCAAGUUAACUUAUAAACAACUGCAGGCAAUUCACAAAAAGAAUCCAAACUUAAUUUAUGUUUAUAUUGAAGAAAGGACUAAGAAUGAAGGAGGUUCAAAGUUUCUUCAUCAGCAUUCUUUUUUGACGUACAUAGCACAGAAGGAUCCGGAAAUGUUCGCCAAUUUAUUAAAUAAAUACAAGUUUGAAGGUAUGCUUGGUCGGCGAACUACCAAAAGAUAUACAAAGUUACAAGAAAAUCAUAUACUCGGCAAGCUUGAAACUUAUUUUAAAAUUCUAAAUACAAGUAUGUUUGUAAGGAAAUUCGGUGCAGAACUUCAACAUAUUUUCUUCAAGAAAAACGAAGAAACAGAUGAACUAUUGUGGGUUGACUUACUUAAACAUUAUCCAAGAAAUCGACAAUUCAGUAUUUACAAAACAAUGCAUAAUUUGACUUACAAUCAAAAAUUUGGGGAAAAUGUUGAUGCUAUUCCAGAAGAUAUAUUGAAAAUUAUCCCAGAUCAAACAGAAAGAGAGAGAAUUGCUCAGCUAAAAUUAGCAAAGGAAGAAAAUCAAAAUUACCUGAAGUAUGUUACGCCAGAGAAUUGUUUGCAAGAAUUUAUGGAAAAAGUAAACCACAUGGCCAUAUCAGAAAGAGCAAAAUAUAUUGCAAUCGUGACAGAAUGUUGUAUUCUAAAUAAAGACCUUGAUAAUUUAUUAAAGGUUUUAGAGCUACUUUGUGACAGGUUUAAAAAUGACGACAAAAAAAUUCGUGAUUCAUUUUUUUAUUUAAUUGAUGGAAACAAAAUUUUGGAUACAUUCACUGAACAACAUUGGGAUAUGCUAUUGGAGAUCAUUUCAAUUUCUAACGCUAGGGGUGAGUGGGUUUAUGACGAAUGUAGAUUAAGAAUGCAACACUUAAAAUUCAUGUUAAUGGAAAAGAAGGGUUGUGUUAGAAAUACUAUUCUGAAGUGUAUAAAAUGGACAGACCCAGAAUUGAUACAUUAUGAUAACCAUAUAAAUGAAAACCCUACAGUGUAUAAGAUUAUUUUGAAAGAAUUAGUUGAAAUAGGUCUUCCAAAAUCAAAUACCACUAUUGACAAUAAUUCUGCUCGAUAUGACUGCUUCUUGGCACACAUGUGUAAAACUUUCAAUAAACGUUAUCCUAAAAUGAAUGUAAGCAUUUAUGGACAUCCAAGAAUUUUAAAAUCAGUCAAAUACUUGUUAGAUAAUGGACUUUCAGGUUAUGAUAAUGAGGACCGCGUUUCUGGAGUAGAAUACAUGAUUUGUUGUCCCAAUUUGCCAAAGGAAUAUAUGGAACUAAAACAAUUAUAUUUUAAAAAAUUUAAGCACUUUGGUCGCUUAUCUGGUGUACUCUGGUUUUUGAAAAAUGAACCGAACGUAUUGAAGGACAAUCUUAACUACUUCCUGGACCAGUUUAAUGCAGCGUGGUAUGUAACAGCUGAACCGAUUUGGCGUUACAUGAAAAAAUAUGCCUAUUUGGAUAUGGAUAAAACAGCGGUUGAAUUUUUAAAAUCAAAACUUGGAGGUGAAGGUUGUCAACAUAAAGCUAAACUGAUUAAAGCUCUAUUGAUAUUGUUAACUCCAGAUUCAUAUUUGGAAUACAUGAAAACCUAUCUACCACCUCCCACCAAAAUAAACUUAACUGAUGAGAAUACAAGAAAUUUAUACGCUAUUCAGACUCAACUGAUAAAAUUUAUGCAUCACAUCCAUUCUCCUGCAAAAGCAUUGCCCGUUGUCUUGGAACUUUGUGAAGGCCACUAUCUACGAUACGCUUUAAGUCCUUUGUAUAGUUGCUUCUAUAAUUUACCUGAGAAUGAAACAAAACCUUUUAUCGAGAAGCUGAAACAAAAUAAAGCAGUUUCAGUUAACAAACACAGCAUAAAUUUGAUUAGUCUUCUAUGUGAUGUGGAUACUGUUUACAACUGUUUGAAAGAAGCGAAUAUGGCUUCGUUGAUGGCGGCUUUUAAAUACUUCGUCAAAAAUCCCUCUGACGUGGUGUGGCAAUUAGUCGAAACUAAAAUCCGUAACAUUGAGAAGAAAAAUCUACAAGUUUUAAAGUCGGCCAUAGAUAUGGAUGUACCGUCAAAAUACAAAAGUAAGUACGUCGAAACCAUUUGGGAAAUGCUCAGUAAAUAUGAAGACAAGGAAAUAAAAAAGAGUUUAAUUACAAAAAUCGACAAGGGAUGUAUACAAAAUUUGAACCCAGAAUUUGCGUUUCAUGUUAUUCACGCUAGUAUUUUUACAUCAGAAGAAGCUAAUGAUUUUGUUGCCAAUAUCCUUAUUAAUUUGAACAACAAUGACAAAUUCGGCCUAUUUGCAAGUAUACUAGAGAAAUUUAAAAACAAUUGUUGGAAUGGUGCAGAAGCGCGAACUGCACGUAAGAUCCUAAAUAAUUUCAUAUUUUGUCUCUUCGAAAAAUACGUAGAAACUGAAGAAGUUGACAAGAAAUUUACAGAGGAGUUAUCAGCUAUAUUCAAAUUAGUUUUUUCCAUGUCAGAAGCAUUUGAAGAAUCAAUCCUCAUUUCGUGCUUGGGUUUCAAAGGUGACACGGUGGAAAAUAACGGUAAACUUUUAAUGCACUUGAACCACUGCGCGGAAAAGGAAUAUGGUCCAUUUGCAAUUUAUCUGGUUGCUGACAUAAUUAAAAACAAAGUAUUCGCACAUAUAUGCACAACGAGUAUUGAACAGAUCAAAUUUUGUUAUUCUUUGUUCAAACUGCGAGAAUCUGUUAGUGAUAAUUUGUUACUUCUGAUGUUGUUACCUGAAGACCAACCAGAAGAUACAGAACACUUUUCUUUGUAUAAUGAAAUUUUAACCGAUAUACGACUAGUCACUGAUAAUGUAGUGCAGUUGCAACUUAAUUUGCAUUUAAAGUUAGUUUCUGAAGAAAAUAAUAAAUUUAACUGCGAUACUUGUUGUUGUUCAGUUCUAUGUGACGAGUGAUGCCUUUAAUACAGUUAUGCACAUGACAUUAUAUUUUUAAAUAUGUAUAUCUUUUUUAGCAAUAAAGUCAUUUUAGAGAAGAUUUAUUUUUAUAACGUACUGUUCCAUGUGACUAUUCUGCGUCUGCAUCUUAGAUAAUACAUUAUUAUAUGAUCUAAGGUCUGCACCUGCAUCUGCUCCCGCAUUUCAGUGUCUUUGAUCAAAAAUCCAUUUUUUUGCUCAAUAACUACGUCCACAACAACUUCAUCUUCGGAGUACGCUUUGUAACGAAGCGAAUUUUCGCAGGCCGGAAACCGGGAUGCGUACUGUGAGAGCCGGGGGAAAAUUCGGAAGCACCGCGCCAACGGGGCCGAAGAAGAGGAUCCUUGCUUGAAGUCUUCGGAAAAAAAGGAACAAAUCUAAACCGUCGUGUACCGCCACCGCGCUCCCCUCCAGGGUCACCGUAGCGUUCUCGCGCGAUUUCCAGUUUCAUGGUCGCCGCCCCCAAGUCCAGGAGGAGCCCGUCCUGAAGGAAGUUGCCGGAGGGAACGACCGUGCCGGACGUCUUCUUUUUUUUUGUAAAACCGUUUUGUAUUUAUUUAUUUUAAGUUUAGCCGUAAGAUUUAUUACUUUAGCCGUGUAGCUGGUGGCAGGGAAUAAACCCGAUUUAUUACCUAUGUAAAAUA